CGUACUGACGCAUUUCCGGGCGAGCCACCUCAACUGGCGCAGUCGCAGAGUGGUCGUUCUCUUUCCUUUCUGUCGCCGCCAUGGGACGCAUGCACGCUCCUGGCAAGGGCUUGUCCCAGUCAGCUUUACCCUACAGACGGAGUGUGCCUACAUGGCUCAAACUAACAUCUGAUGAUGUUAAAGAACAGAUUUACAAACUGGCAAAGAAGGGCCUGACCCCAUCACAGAUUGGUGUGAUCCUUAGGGAUUCCCACGGUGUUGCCCAGGUGCGUUUUGUUACUGGGAACAAGAUUCUCAGGAUCCUGAAGUCUAAGGGACUUGCUCCAGACCUUCCAGAGGAUUUGUACCACUUGAUCAAGACUGCUGUGGCUGUCCGCAAACACUUGGAGAGGAACAGGAAGGAUAAAGAUGCCAAAUUCCGUUUGAUUCUUAUUGAAAGCAGAAUCCACAGGCUGGCUCGUUACUACAAGUCCAAGAGGGUACUUCCUCCCAACUGGAAGUAUGAAUCCUCUACAGCUUCAGCACUGGUAGCUUAAGAAGUUUCCUUGUUGAAAUAAAAGCAUUGUACGGUGAUGCCAGAAAUCUGAAAAAAGUGCUAGAAAAACUCAGCAGGUCUGGCAGCAUCUGUGGAGAAAGAAAAUAUUAACUUUUUUCUCUCCACAAAUGCUACCAGGCCUGCUGAAUUUUUCCUGCACUGUUUUUAUUUCAAGUUUCUUCAUUUGGACUUUAUUGGACCUGAAAAAUAAAAUGUGUAUGUUGUUA